AUGGACCCGAGCACGGGCAAGCCGGUCAAUCCACAGAACUUGUGCAACAACCCUUUCUACGGGAACAACGGAUACGCCGAGGAUAUGCUAGUUGCCCAAAAUAACAACCUCAGGUCAUCAUUUGGUAAUCACCUAUUCGUCACAAUUGAGAAAGCAGGACAGACAUAUGUCCUGGAUGCCUGCUGCGGCCCUCAAGCUGGCACUGUCAAAUUACAGGACUAUCCAGCCGCGGCGAUCGAUCCGCGCAGCGAUAGCGGAGGCAGCCCCGGAACGCUCCUCGACGUCAUAGAUGGCAUCGGUGUAAACCACCUCAUCGUCUCUCGAGCCCUCGAAAGAGCCAAGCCUCCACCCAGCUCCGUUCUUAUGAUCGAUCAGGUUCCCAAACUGGACCCAACAGGCACAUGGAACGCGCCAUUUUUUGCUUCACCAGCCCAGAAUUAUUCCAUUUCUGCGACCUGGACUUUGAUCCCAACCGGGCAUUCAGACAAAACUAUCAAUAUUGACGUGUUUCGAUAUAUGGAUACAUUCAUACCGCGUCUCGUGACGACCGUGCAAACGGCAUACGCCAUGCGUGUUGCGACUAUUAAGAAUCAGUGGGUCAUUGAGACGUCAAACGAGGGGUUGAGUGAUGGCGUCACGGGAAGCAUUCGAAUUUUCUGCAAUCCGUAUGCGGGAUAUCUGGCUGUUGUCAGGUCGAACGAGCUCAAAGCGGUUGACACAUCGACGCUGAAGGAUAAUCUUAAGAUUCUUUUGGACAAGAGCUUGUCCCCAACGGGGAAGACGUGGAUCCAGAAUAUUGACACUGACAAAAGUCUUCCGAUCAAAGUGAAUCAAUCAUUUACGAUUACUAUAACGGUGAGAUGA